UGCAUUUUGGGAAAGAUUGAAGCGUUGUCACGUGAUUUCUUUGUGUGCCGUACUCGCGUGUGAGUCAGAACCCUGUCACCAAAUAACACGAAAUUAUCUUUAUGUUUUGGUAAAUUUAUAUAAGAUUUCAACACCAAACUCUCCAGUUUAUUCGGAGAGUCAUUAAUGAGUGUGGAUGUAUCGGACUUAGAAAUGCAACAGUGAAAUUUUAGCAUUCCAAGCGCUUUUUUCGUGCAGGCAGUGUUCGUGGGGUUGUAAUGGCAGUGGUUGGACAUAGACACGCGAGGCAUAUCAUGGCUUUUCAAGGAGGGGCACCACCCGCCCCAUCUCAGCAUGCAAUCCUCACAGCAGCAGUAGCUGUCCCAUAUUUUCAGGUUGUGCCUCCACAAGAUGUACAACCCGACCGGCCAAUCGGUUAUGGGGCUUUUGGUGUUGUAUGGUCAGUGACGGACCCUAGAGAUGGAAAGCGAGUGGCUCUAAAGAAAAUGCCAAGUGUGUUCCAGAAUUUAGUCUCAUCCAAGAGAGUAUUCCGUGAACUGAGAAUGCUUUGUCACUUCAAACAUGACAAUGUAUUAUCAGCACUAGACAUUCUACAACCACCUCACAUAGAUUUCUUUCAUGAAGUAUAUGUGUUGACAGAAUUAAUGCAAAGUGAUCUGCAUAAAAUCAUCGUUUCACCACAACCUCUCACAUCGGACCACGUCAAAGUCUUUCUAUACCAAAUACUCAGAGGAUUAAAAUACCUUCACUCAGCCAGGGUAUUACAUCGAGAUAUUAAACCAGGAAAUCUACUAGUCAAUAGUAACUGUGUUUUAAAGAUCUGUGAUUUUGGCCUGGCUCGGAUAGAAGAACCAGAUGAAAACAUUCAUAUGACUCAGGAAGUUGUAACACAAUAUUAUCGUGCUCCAGAACUUUUAAUGGGUGCCAAACAUUAUAGUUAUAGUGUUGAUGUUUGGUCCGUAGGAUGUAUAUUCGCAGAAUUAUUGGGACGAAGAAUACUCUUUCAAGCUCAGAGUCCAAUUCAGCAGCUUGACCUCAUAACAGAUCUCCUAGGAACACCGAGUGAUUCAGCGAUGCGAACUUCGUGUGAAGGGGCACGGGCUCACAUCAAACGUAUGGCACACAAACAACCAUCAUUAGCAGCUUUAUACACACUAUCAAAUCAGGCCACACACGAAGCUGUCCAUUUACUCUGUAGAAUGUUGGUAUUUGAUCCAGAAAAAAGAAUAAAAGCGACAGAUGCAUUAGCUCAUCCUUACCUUGAUGAAGGGAGGUUACGAUAUCAUGCAUGUAUGUGUAAGUGUUGUUACAGUACAAACUCAGGGCGGCGUUAUACCUCAGACUUUGAACCCACAUGUUCCCAGCCUUUUAGUUAUGGAUUUGAAGACAGUCUCACAUCGUGUCACCGGGUCAAAGAAAAGUUACACAAGUUUAUAUUAGAACAACAGAAGAAUAAUGAAGUUCCACUUUGUCUCAAUCCAAAUUCUAUAUCAUUUAAAACAUUUGCAAGUUCACAAGUAGCACAGCCAGCAGAGCUUCCACCUUCUCCCCAUGCGUGGGAAUAAAACUGACCAAUCACCUCAUUCCAACACACAUUCAUGCAGAGCAAUGACCAAUCAAAAGACACUUUGUUCUGACCAGGAUACAGAGUGAACCAGUCAAAAGUUUUGUUUCUAGUGGGAGUAUAAGCAACUUAUUUCGAAAAAAAGAGAGAAGAAAGACAGAAGAUGGAGACAAAUUAAGCGAGAUGAAAGUAAAAUGCAUGAAUGUUGACAGAAAAAAUCAGAUGGACUUCAAAUCAAAAGUAAAGAUAUGGGAAGGAAGGAUAGAGGACACUUCUUAGUAUGAACCUUUUAUCAAGUUUGUGAACAUUAAGAUUUGGAAUUAUAGUCACUGUAUAGAUAUUGUUUGAUCUAUUGUGUAAGUUACUAGACUGAUAGUGAGGGAAUCUUAUAUCACUUAAACUUGACAACUUAAAGUUUCCAAAGGCUCAAGUUUUUCUGAGAGAAUAAUUGUUAGUUGCUGAAGUAAUAUAUCUGUUCAUUUCUGUGGGUUUUGAGCAAUGACAUAAGCAUUUCUUACUUUCCUAUUCGAAAUACAUGAGAAAUCUAUAUCUCAGUGAUUAGAAGGACAGGUCUUGGUGAGUUUUUUUAUUUAUUUAGGGAUAUUUUUUGUCAAAAAAAAAACAAAUAAAACAUCAUUCAAUUGUUUAAAGUCUUCAGAUUUGGGUUUUUUUCUGUAAAGGUUAACAUUUAAAUCAAGUCUCGACUUCUAAAUAGGUUUUUUUCUUCAUUCUAAUGACAUGUAGUAAGGCAUCAGAAUGUAUUCCUUUUAGACUGGUCAGACGUGUUAAUGUAUAUCUCUGUGUGAAUGUGUAGAUUUGGUGCUCACUUUUAUAACUGUGUAAAUAUUUUAAUGUAAAUUGUAAAAAGGAAACGUUAAUACUGUUAAACAGUUUUAUUUAUAUCAUGUAAACAAUCAAUUUACAAAUACUAUGGACUAUUUUUCUAAACCUGCUUUUGUAUAUGGGCCAGAACUUGUCGGACCAACUUAACUCAAUAUUAAUAUUUCACACGUGUGAAACACAUUUCAAAAAAUCAUAAAAACCAUUUUUAAUUCAUUCUGAUUUAAUCUGACAGAAAGUCUAUGAAUUUUCUAUGGCAAGACUCAGUAUUUGUAUCUGUGGGAGAUUUCAAAUUGCGCUAAAACUAUGAAAACAAAUAUUUGGUUACCACGACAACAGAUCAGCAAUAAACAUAGUGCCUUGGAUGUCCCUCCCAGAGUCCUUUAUUCCAGGAAUUUGGUUUCCAUAGUCUCUGUAAAUUAAUUGUUGUGUUGUUUCUUCAUAAAAAAAUCAUGUUAUACAAAUUAUCAUGUACAAUAUCAUGUCCACGUAGUUUUCUACAUUAUAUAAAGAUCUGAAGUCACAAAACAAAUUUAUAAGUUUACUUUAUAUUCUUUCAUCUUUUAAUUGAUUUAACAUAGAUAUUCAUUAAGAAGGUAUCAAUAUUUUAAAUUUGCAAUAACUAUUUUUUUUUUAUAUAUAACAGAAACUGCCAAAGCAUAAUUGCAAGUUAUAAGGGUACUUUGUCAAAAACAAAAGUCAUUCAAAUAAUGUCAUGUUAAAAAUUUAAAGGGUAGAAAAAAGUAAUAGUUAACCAAUCAACAGAGUCUCAAAUUUAUCGAAAAAUAUUUUCAGAUAUAUUUAUAUUUAUUCAAUGAAACUUUUUCUUUCGUUAAUUUUUUUAAAAGUUUUUAGAAUGUAGAUAUCUCUUAAAUCCAGUUUCCACUGAAACAUUUUUCCUGUAACACUUUAAUUAAAAAUUCAGUAAUUUAAUGACCUUCAGAAAUUUAAUGACCUUCAGUAAUUUAAUGACCUGUAGUAAUUUAAUGACCAUCAGUAAUUUAAUGAUCUUCAGUAUUUUCUUGACUUAUAAAGAACAUCAAAAGUAUUGAAAUUCUUUAAUUAAAAAAAUUGCGGGAACAAGAUGAAAUUUAUUUUUUGCAUUCUAAAUGUAAGAGCUAUAUAAUUAUACUGAAAAAGUCCAUUAUAAAAUUGGGUACUUUUGUGAUGCAUUCUAUAGAAAUUCAGAUCUCUAAGUAACUAGCCAUGUCCUUUUUAGUAUUGAUCUCACUACGUUUAAAGUGAUGAAUGUUUGCACUUUUAGCUGAAUGUAUUAGUAUAAAUGCCUGUUUAUCAGUAAUGACUAAAUCUGGAGUCAGUAUUUUUGAAAUCAUUUUACAUAUCUAUGUGUUAUUAUGUGCUGCCAAAUCACUUUGUUCAAUGUCAGUUUUUUAUUCCAUUGUUAUCUCCCCUUCUUGUAUAGGGUUUACUUCCUGUCUGGUUCAAUGUUCUUGCUUAAUAGCCUGCAGUCUGCACCAUUAGCCACUAGUCAGAUGCCCCAGACUAGUAAAAGUUUAUUCAGACUAGUUAGUACAUGUAUUUGCAGAACUUUGGUCAGACACAAAAUAAAAAUAUCAGUAUAUUGGUCUUCAGAUUUUGGUGCAGACUGGACUGUAUGAAGUAACAGACAUUCUUGAAGCAUUUCCUUAUAAUGAUUUCCUUUUAAUAUGGCUUAAUUUUUCUGGCUUAUAUUUAAACAAUUAAUGCUUAGAUUCAGCAGGUCUGUCAAGUUAGCAGCCUUUUGAGGUUUGUUGUCAGUUUGUGACUCAGCAGGUCUGUCAAAUUAGCAAUCUUUGAAGGUGUGCUGUCAGUUUGUGACUCAAAAGAUAAAAUGUCAAAAAAUAUUUUAGGAAAGUUUAUUAUUAUGAUAUUUUAUACUUGACCAUUUUCAGGAAAGAAACAGACAAACCAAACACUUCUUUUUUUUACAAAGUCCAGAAAUGAUAAUUGUAUUAUGUUAAACUUCUCAGGGACAAGCCUUUAUCAAUGUAUAUUUAAGAUGAAACAGUGAAAUGUUGGCUGUGUGAAUUAUAUUUAUUAACAAAAAGUAGAAACAUUUGAGACUGUUAAUGUUCAUGACUGCUUUAUUUAAUCAAUGAAGAACGACAUCCUCAAAGCAACAUUGUAAUAUUGUAAUGUAUGGAGUUUGUUUUUUAAGUCACAUGGAGAAAUUGUAUGUUGCAAGUUUGAAAUUUCAAAAUCAAGAGUUAAACUCACAUUGUUUUGUGAAUUGUAUAUGUUUUAUAUUAGAAACUCAAAUGUAAGUUUCAAUCGGAUUAAAUGAAAAAGAAUGUGUCCAGUCACGUAUUGUGUAUAGUUUAUAUAGAUGUAGAUUACUGUUUACAUGUUUGUUUCUAUAUGAGUACACACAUACACACAUAUGAAUGCAUGUUAUCUUUUUAAAUAUUUUACUAGAAAACUGACCAGUUUUUAAAAGCUUACUGGACCAAGUUAUAAUUGGAUAUAAAUUUUUCCUUUUAUUUUUUAAUAUUAAGAUAGUUUUGAGUGAUUGACUUAUAAAACAUGUAAAAUGAAUUUGGACUUUUUACAAGAUAUUAAUUUCAUUCCAAGUAUUUUUCUUAUUGUGUACAUAUGUGUAUUUUUUUGCCAAAUGGAUUGUUAUAAAUGUAAACAAGCUUCUAGUACAAAGUGAAAGUAGAUGUGUAAACUUGUGAUAUUUCCAGAGUGUAUAUAAAUGGUUGAUAUUAUUGUGUAUUUGUGGUACUUUAAAAUGAUAGUUUUUUACAUAAAUUUUAUAUAAUUUCUACCAUAUAAAAUGUACACUUUUUGAAUAUUUUUGUUGUAUUUUCCCACUUCCAGUAAAGUUAUGCUAGAUGCACCAAAUAAGCAUAUUUUGUUGUAAGUCGUCGUUUGAAAUUCAAAGCUGCCCUAAAAACUAGUCCUAAUACAGUGUAGUUGAAUAUAUGUGUUUUUUUUGUGUUUUUUUUUUUUUUUGGUUCUGAAAUAUGGUGCUGAUUCAAAGGUCAAAGGUCAAAAAUACGUAACCAGUUAAAUGUGUUUAAUAUGUGCAAAACUGGUGUUGCUUUAAUUCAUGAAUUUGUUUGUUUGUUUCUUUUUUUGCUUUAAAAAUAUGUGAUAGUGUAAGUUUACAUCAAUGUCAUGUGAAGACUUUUAUUGAAAUAAUUUGUCAUGCUUACAUCGGGAUACAUCAGGAUAAAUAGAAGAUCAAAUUAUUUACAGUGAUACCAGCAAAAUUUGAUUAAGGAUGUUCGCUACUCUGUUUCAAAAUAACAAGGUCUUCAAAAGACUGUUAUAAAAUGAAAGUUUAUGAAUAAAGGAACUAAAUAAGCUGAAAAAAUUGAAGGGUCAAUGCGCUUGUUUUCGAGAUAUAAGCCAUUGAAAAUUUGGCGGGAAAAAUUAUCUCUAGACUUUUCGUACAUUUAACAUUGGCACCUUUUUUUCUUUCAAAACUAUGAAAAAAUAACAAAGAUUUUAUAUGAUUUUCAAAAAUGGCUUCUUUAACUAUAUGUAAUAAGAUUAUGAAAAGAAUUGUAGCGGUUAGUGGGCAAAUUUUUUUAUUGGCACUACAUGGAUAAAACUAGAGGAUCCCGAAUAUCUGACAAAAAGUCAAAAACAAGAGUAGCAAACAUCCUUAAAUGGUAAUUCCAAUGCAAUGUAAGAUAAAACAGAAGUAUUUGUCAUGUUCACAUUUGUACAAUAGAAUAUUUAGAAGAUAUUUUGUCAAGUUGAUAUUAGGACAAUGAAAACAAUAUAUUUUGUCAUGUUGACACCAGUACAAUGGAAGAUAAGAAUUAUUAGCAAUGUCCACAUAAAUGUUAAAAUUAUUACAAAAGAAGAUAAAAAUUAUUUGUCAUGUUAAGAUCAGUACAAUACAAGAUAAUAUAUUUUGUCAUGUUGACAUCUGAACAUUGUAAGAUGCAAUUAUUUGUCAUGUUGACAUAGAAAAAAAAAAAAGAUUAAAUGUUUGUCAUGUUGACAUCAGUACAAUAGAGGAUUAAAAAAACUGUCAUGUUGUUCGUCAAAAAUACAGUAUGAGAUCUAUAUGUAAAAUAUAUAUAUAAAUGUGAAAAAUAAAUCUAAAAUAGCAUUUGUAUAUAAAUCCAGGAAAAGGGGUGUAAUUGUCAAGUAUACAAACAAAAUCAAAACAAAAUUUUUGAGCAUAUCGAGGCAAAUAUUUUGUCAACAAUUUUAUUCCAAAUAAUAUUUUUUUUCUGAUUUAUUCUCCCUCAAUGCAAGUUUGGUUUUAUUUUGUUUAACCGUAAAUUUAUUCAAUGAGCAUUGACAAGUUUAAGAAAAAAAUGUCCUGAAAGCAUGACCAGCGUUUGUGUUGUAGUUUUUUAAAACCAUUAAAUGAGAUAGAUACUACACAUCUCAAUUUCUAAAGAGGAAUUGAGGCAAUAGUCCGUGACAGUUUGGUGUUAACUACACGUGUUGAUGUCAAUGUUUACAUAAUUUAUGUUGCCAUGGUUUUGAAGGCAAGAAUUUCAUCAUUAAUGUCUGGUGAAGAUGUGAUACCUGUGAGAUUUUUGUGGUUUCAUGACCUUUUUAAACAAUUAAUUAUUUUCUGCAUUGAAAUAAACAUGGUUGAAGAUUAACGUUUAUAUUGGAUAGAAAAAAAAAUCACCAUUGAAUUAAAACCAUGCUAGUUUGCACCAUGCAUAGUCUUCCUUGUAAAGUGUUGUUUGUUAAUAUCAUAAACCUUAGUUAUAAACUAAAGCUGUAAAAAAUAGGCUAUCCCUCUUUAAAAUGUUGGGGGUUAUUUAUUGUGUGUUGGGUCAACUGUAGGUAACUAUAGUAACCAUUCUCUAGGUGAUACUUGAGUGUGUAAAUGAGAUGAUAGGAUGUUUUGUCUAUUUACAUGUAUUUAUGGAAAAAGUGAAAUAAAAUGAAUAAAACUAAUAAAAAAUUAUAAAAAAAA